AUGCCGCUCGCAACGUAUCAACUCUUCCUAGAGGCUGGAUGCACCGGCGUGUGCGCGUGGCUGCUGCUGCGCGGCAAGGCGACUGCCGCGGAUAUCGAGGCGUGGCUGCGGCGCUAUCGCUACCCGUUCAUCGGACUCGUCGACUGGGAGAGUGGCCGCCACGCGGACGGCUGCAACAUCGCCGGUUGCCGCAUCGACGCAGCGACGCUGACGGCGCUACACACCGGCCACAACAUCGCCAACGGCCUACUGCCGUUGCAGGUGGUGGUGCUGGCGCUAACCUACCCCGCUGUCGCACGUGUGUGGGCCGUCAUGCGUGGGCCACUGACGGCGCAGCUGCUGCACGUCAAGCACUGCUGCACGCCGGCGGUAUUCCGCAGUCGCACCACCACACAUGGCAGCGUUGCGGCACCUGCGCCGGUCCACCCGUUCGGGAAGCCGCGGCCCCGCCANGCAGUCGCACCACCACACAUGGCAGCGUUGCGGCACCUGCGCCGGUCCACCCGUUCGGGAAGCCGCGGCCCCGCCACAGGUAGCACCAGUUACUGCUGUUGCCCGGCAUGCAGCAACGCAAGACGCGCAGAGAUGCCUCUCUUCCAGCCUUAG